UCAAUCCUCCUCCUCCUCCUCAGUAGUGCUUGCAGCGGGCAGGUAGCAGCGGCGUGGCGCAGCAUUGACUCUUCAACUUCGGGAAUCAACCGUAUAAUUAACCACCGCGGUUAAUACAUCACUCUGUAUUUCUUUUCUCCAAGCGGGCGCGACUUUCAUCAACCCAGCAACCAUGACUAGCUACCACAAACCCGACGAAAAGACUCUGCAGGGGCUUAAAGACACCGCCAACAAGCUCAGGAUCCACUCCAUCAAGGCGACAUGCGCCUCAAACUCCGGCCAUCCCACAUCAUGCUGCAGUGCAGCCGAGCUCAUGUCUGUGCUGUUCUUCCACACCAUGCGCUACAAAGCAGAUGAUCCUCGGAACCAGUGCAAUGACCGCUUUGUGCUGUCGAAGGGUCAUGCUGCACCUGUCCUGUAUGCCGCCUGGGCAGAGGCCGGUUAUGUGAAGGAAUCUGACCUGGUUAACUUGCGUAAGCUUGAUUGUGAUCUGGAGGGGCACCCCACACCAAAACUGGCAUUUGUGGAUGUGGCUACAGGAUCCCUGGGACAGGGUCUUGGGGCUGCCUGUGGAAUGGCCUAUACUGGCAAACACUUUGACAAAUCCAGUAGUUACCGUGUGUACUGCAUGAUGGGUGAUGGAGAGUGUUCAGAGGGCUCUGUGUGGGAGGCCAUGGCCUUUGCCUCCUACUACAAGCUGGACAACCUGGUGGCCAUCCUAGAUAUCAAUCGGCUUGGUCAGAGUGAGCCUGCACCUCUUCAGCACGACAUGGAGACCUACCGCAAGCGCUGUGAAGCCUUUGGGUGGAACACGUAUGUCGUGGAUGGACAUGACGUGGAGGAGCUGUGCAAAGCUUUCUGGCAGGCGAAGCAGGUGAAGGAUAAACCCACCUGCAUUGUUGCCAAGACAUACAAGGGAAAAGGACUGAAAAAUAUCGAGGAUCAAGACAACUGGCAUGGAAAGCCCAUCCCUAAGGACAAAGUGGACGACCUCCUGAAUCAGCUGCAGGCUCAAAUCCAGGUCCCAAACAAGACUCUGUGUCCUGAGCUGCCCAAUGAGGAUACCAAACCAGCUGACCUGAGCACCAUCUCUCUGCCUGCACCUCCAGCAUAUAAGAAGGGAGACAAGAUGGCAACAAGGCGAGCUUACGGUUUGGCUCUGGCCAAACUGGGUCAGGCAAGCAAGAGAGUGGUGGCCCUCGAUGGAGACACCAAGAACUCGACCUUCUCAGAGACCUUCAAGAAGGCCUUCCCUGACCGCUACAUUGAGUGUUUCAUUGCUGAACAGAACAUGGUUGGAGUGGCCAUUGGCUGUGCCGCCCGUGACCGCACUGUUGCGUUUGCCAGCACUUUUGCUGCAUUCUUCUCCAGGGCCUACGACCAGAUUCGUAUGGGGGCGAUCUCCCAGACAAAUGUCAACCUGGUUGGGUCUCACUGUGGAGUUUCCAUCGGUGAGGAUGGUCCUUCCCAGAUGGCCCUGGAAGACUUGGCCAUGUUCCGUGCUAUCCCAACAUGCACUGUGUUUUACCCCAGUGAUGCAGUGUCCACAGAGAGAGCUGUUGAAUUGUCAGCCAACACCAAGGGUAUCUGUUUCAUCCGUACCAGUAGACCAGACACUGCAGUAAUCUACUCUCCAGAUGAGAAGUUUGAAGUAGGCGUAGCCAAGGUGGUGCGUCAGUCUGCCAGUGAUCACGUGACCGUCAUCGGAGCUGGUGUUACAUUGCACGAGGCCCUGGCUGCUGCCGACAUACUGGCCAGUGAAGGGAAGAACAUCCGGGUGAUUGACCCAUUCACGAUCAAGCCCCUGGAUGCUGCUACUAUUCUAGCCAGUGCCAAAGCCACAGGUGGACAGAUCAUCACUGUGGAGGACCACUACAAGGAGGGUGGUCUUGGUGAAGCAGUGCUGUCAGCAGUGGGCCAGGAGCCCGGCAUCAUGGUAACCCGGCUGGCAGUGUCUGGUGUCCCUCGUAGUGGAAAGCCCCAGGAACUCCUGGAUCUGUUCGGAAUCAGCGCUAAGCACAUCGCUGCCGCCGUGCGUCAGACCUUUGCAAACUAAACAGUACCACCCAGUCUUUCUGCUUGUUGCUCUCUUCUGCCACAACCAACUUGUCGCUGGUCCUGUUGACCUCUCCCGUGACUUGGACCUGCCUGCAGUAUGCCAACCCUGUAUAACUUUCAGAUGCAUGGGGAAGAGUGCACUGCAGUCAGAGCCUGCUGUUAAUAUGCCCCCCCUAGCACUUCUGGUCCAGAUAGGUUCUACUGUUAAGCAACAUUUAUUUCUGUUUCCAUUCCUUCACAUGUUGAGUGUCUUACAAGGGCACAGACAAAAAUCACACAAUACUGUAAAUGUGUAUUGCUGAUGGAUUUAAAAGUUGUCAGACAGCAGUGUCCAGGUUCUGAUCAUGUCUGUGACCAUCAUUCCUUUCACAUUCCAGAUCAUUUCUGAUGUCUCCCUACUGGGUUCUAAUGCCUCUUUUUCUAACGAGCACUGUUACGGUUUGUCAUAAAAGUAAUGUACUAGAUCACUUAUGUAGUGUGUUCAGUCUUGAACACCUAAAGUUGCUGUAGAGAAGUGUUUCUUCUGACUUGGUGUGAAAACUAAGAGUGGUUUGAGCCUUCCGCUAACGGUCCCUGAUCACACAGGCAUCACACAAUGUUACUGGAAUUUAACAUCACUGGUGUCAUCCUGUCAUUGCUGUGUUGUGCAGAAAUGAUAAUAAAAAAAGUAACCCAA